AUCCACAUCUCCGAAUCCUCUCAUUUAAAAUCCAGCCUCUUCACUUGAACCCGCGCCCUACAGGUCACAUUUCCUUCCGAAAUAAUUCUUGCACCCGCCGCGCAAACGUGACACGAAUUCUGCCCACAGACCUCUGCUAGUCUCGUUACCGCCGCCACCGCACACCACUCUCCGUGCCGCCGCGUGACGGCGUGUCGUCGCUCUCUCCAGUCUCAAUGUUGCCCGCACCGUCCGCACGCCUCGUAACGCCGCCGCGACUCCCGCCACGUCAUCUUCUGCCGCCCCUUCCGGCCGCGCGCAUGUCCGACCCGCCCUUCCACGCGCGGCCGACCGCCUGGCAGCGCCUGGCCUCGCGUGGAAUGCGCGCAUGGCUGGGCGGCGGCGCAGCCGGCAGGGGGAAGAGCGGAGCGGAGCGGCGGAUGGGCGGAGAAGCGGGGGGGACCGGGCGGGGAGAGCGGGUGGUGGCAAUGGCGGAACGAAGCGGGGAGUACGCGGAGGAGGAUGCGCUGGAUGGGGGGAGAGCUGCUGCUGAUGGCAGACAGGGGGGAGCGGAAGGGGGGGACAGGGAGAAGCGGACGGGGGAGAGAGGCGGGGAUGUAGCGGCGCAAGCGAGGAGGAAGGAAGGGGUGUGGAGAUGGGGGGAGAAAGUUGCAGUGGGGGCAGAGAGGGAGGGGUUGAUGGGAGGGGGGGGUGGAGGAGGAGAGGGGCAGGGGUUGAGGCGGCAGGAGUAUGAGCGGCUCUUCUCAACCCUGAACGAAGCCAACACGGGGCACGAACCAGGCGAUCUGCUCAGCUCCACUCUGCUCGUUGCCGGCACCACGGUGGGGGCGGGCAUUCUGGCUCUCCCGGCGGUGACCAGCGAGGCGGGCUUCCUGCCCUCCUCCGCCACCUGCAUCGUCUGCUGGCUCUACAUGGUGGCGACGGGCAUGCUGAUAGCGGAGGUGAAUGUCAACACCAUGUGCGAGCUCGGAUCAGGAGGCGUGUCAUUGGUAUCCAUGGCAGAGCGGACCCUGGGCACGGCGGGUGUCAGGAUAGCAGCCACCACGUACCUGCUCAUCCACUACGCGGUCAUCACCGCCUAUGUCUCGCGCUCCGCUGACAUCAUCAGCAGUGUUGCCACCGUGCCGCAUGGCGUCGCUGCGUCCUUGUUUACCCUCUCCUUUGGCGCGCUCUGCUACUUCGGCAGCCAGCGGGCCAUCGGCCUGGUGAACGGCCUCCUGGUGGGGGGCAUAGUGCUGUCGUUCGGCUUCCUGCUGGCCUUCUCCCUCGCUGACAUCCACCCGCAGGCGCUGCUCGCCGCCAACCUGGCUGCCGUGCCCGCCAGUGUCCCCAUCAUCGCGCUCUCCUUCGUCUACCAGAACGUGGUGCCAGUGGUGGCAACGAAUCUGGAGGGCAAUUUGUCUCGCAUCCGCACGGCCAUUCUGGCCGGCACAGCGCUGCCCCUCGUCAUGUUCCUGCUCUGGGAUGCCGCUAUCCUCGGCACCGCUCCCCUUCCCCCCACUCCUCAACCACUCACCGAUGCCCUUGCCAUGGGUUCCACUGCUGCUGCUGCUGCUCCUGCUGCCGCCGCCGCUGCCGUAGAAACCAUGAGUGCUGUGGAUCCGCUGGUUCGGCUGCAGCAGAUUGACCCGUCUGUGGGGGGAGCGGUGCAGCUGUUCUCCUUCUUCGCCAUUGCCACUUCGUACAUCGGCUUCAUCCUCGGUCUCUCCGACUUCCUUGCAGACGCCCUCAAGCUGCCAUCUGGUCGGGGGCGCACCCCUCUACCAUACAUCCUCACUCUCGCCCCGCCCCUCGCCUUCUCCCUCUCCAACCCCGACCUCUUCUUCACUGCUCUCGACCUAGCCGGCACAUAUGGAGUGCUGGUGUUGUUCGGCAUUCUGCCAGCAGCCAUGGCAUGGGUGGAUCGCUCCUCCCUCCGCCUCUCCACAGACCAACCGCGCCUUGUCCCGGGAGGGAAUGUCACGCUCACCCUCAUCAUCGGCUUUGCUCUCACUGUCAUCAUGAACGAGUUUCUUUCUAACUUCAUCCACUGACGUUCACCACUUGUUAGUGGACGAGGCAUGUAUUAUAUUCAGUGAGAAUAAGAGAGGCAUCGUAUUUUGUUUACUGAGUGUACACAUACUAAAUCUGAUGCACUGCCACCCAGAUCUGAUGCGCCACAACCAGCAGCCUUGAAUACUGCUAGCAGCAUUUCGAAAUGUGCGAACAUCCACAACAGCUGCCUCCUUGUAGGGCAUAGAAACUAAACUGAUACCGAUAAG